AUGCGGGCCCUGGUGCACCUCGCUGCCCUCCUGGCCUUCCUGCCCUGGCUCCAGGCUGCGAGCGCGCAAACCACAGGGUCGGCUGCCAUCUCGGAGACCGUGAGUCAAGUCAAGGCGCAAGUGAACAAGGCCUUCCUGGAUUCCCGGACCAGGCUGAAGGCUGCCCUGCACUCCGAGAUGCCCUGCUUGCAGCAGCUCACAGAGUACCUCAAGCACGCCCGAGGGCCCACACGCACGGCCGUCCGCCACGGGCAAGUGUGGGAGGACUCCUUCAAGAGACUGACGGAGAGAGCCAAGACCAAUACCACAGGCCCCAGGCUGGACCUGACAGCGCUGUCCUGGAAGGUGGGCUGCGGGGCGCCUGUGCAUGUGGUGCCAUGCGACCAGGACAGCCCUUACCGCACCAUCACCGGAGACUGUAACAACAGGGAGAACCCCGCGUUGGGCGCCGCCAACCGGGCGCUGGCGCGCUGGCUGCCCGCCGAGUACGAGGACGGGCUCUCCCUGCCCUUCGGAUGGACCCCCGGCAAGACGCGGAACGGCCACCCGGUGCCGCUGGCGCGGGAAGUAUCCAACCACGUGGCGGCCUACCUGAAUGAAGAGAGCGUCCUGGACCACGGCCGGUCCCUGCUCUUUAUGCAGUGGGGCCAGAUCGUGGACCACGACCUGGACUUCGCCCCCGACACCGAGCUGGGGAGCAGCGAGUACUCCAAAGCUCAGUGUGAAGAGCACUGCAUCCAGGAGGGCAACUGCUUCCCCAUCAUGCUCCCACCCAGUGAUCCCAAGACAAGGAAGCAAGGGAAGUGUAUGCCUUUCUUUCGAGCGGCGUUUGUCUGCCCCGUGCAGCCCUAUCGAUCCGUGGCCCGGGAACAGAUCAAUGCCCUGACGUCUUUCCUGGAUGCCAGCCUAGUUUACGGGGCUGAGCCCGGCCUGGCCAACCGUCUCCGCAACCUCAGCAGCCCCCUGGGCCUCCUGGCUGUCAACCAGGAGGUGUCGGACCGGGGCCUGGCCUACCUGCCUUUUGACAACAAGAAGCCAAGUCCCUGCGAAUUCAUCAACACCACUGCCCGCGUGCCCUGCUUUCUGGCUGGAGAUUCCCGAGCCUCGGAGCAGAUCCUGCUGGCCACCUCCCACACCCUCUUGCUCCGAGAGCACAACCGGCUGGUCAAGGAGCUGAGGACACGUAACCCUCUGUGGGACGGGGAGCGGCUCUACCAGGAGGCCCGGAAGAUCCUGGGAGCCUUCGUGCAGAUAGUCACCUUCAGGGACUAUCUCCCCAUCUUGCUAGGCGAUGAGAUGCAGAAGUGGAUCCCUCCCUACUGUGGCUACAACCCCUCUGAGGAUCCCCGAAUCGCCAACGUCUUCACGUUUGCCUUUCGCUUUGGCCACGUAGAGAUCCCCUCCACUGUGUCCCGCCUCGAUGAGAAUUACCAGCCGUGGGGCCCAGAGCUGCCCCUCCACACCCUCUUCUUCAACACCUGGAGGAUUGUCAAGGAUGGUGGGAUUGAUCCUCUGGUUCGGGGCCUACUGGCCACGAAAUCCAAGAUGAUAACACAGAGUAAAAUGAUGACGGGUGAGCUACGCAACAAGCUUUUCCAGCCCACUCACAGGAUCCACGGCUUUGACCUGGCUGCCAUCAACAUACAGCGGGGCCGGGACCACGGCAUGCCCGGGUACAACUCCUGGAGAAGAUUCUGUGGCCUCUCGCAGCCCCAGACACUGGAGGAGCUGGGCACUGUGCUGAGGAACAAGAUGCUGGCCAAGAAACUCCUGGACCUCUACGGGACCCCAGACAACAUUGACAUCUGGGUAGGGGGCAUUGCUGAGCCCCUGGUCGAAGGGGGCCGGGUGGGGCCUCUCCUGGCCUGUCUCCUGGGGAAGCAGUUCCAGAAGAUCCGGGAUGGAGACAGGUUCUGGUGGGAGAGCCCCGGGGUCUUCACUAGGAGGCAGCGUGACGCUCUCCGGAAAGUGUCCUUCUCACGCCUCGUCUGCGACAAUACCCACAUCACCAAGGUCCCCCUGCACCCGUUCCAGGCCAACAGCUACCCACAAGGCUUUGUGGAUUGCUCCGCCAUCGAUCAGCUGGACCUCUCGCCCUGGGUCUCGGUGGGGAACUAG